AUGGACUUCACAGCCAAGAUGGAAAUUAGCGUCAGCCAGCAGCAUCUCAUGCCGCCCGCUUGUUUCUUUUCCGCCGCGGCGGCGCAGAGCAUCCAGCUGAGCCCCAGCGGCAGCAGUCAGGGCAGCGGGAAGUCGGUGUCCAAGCAGCCCAAGAGGCAGCGCUCUUCCUCUCCCGAGCUGCUCCGGUGCAAGCGGAGACUGAACUUCGCGGGUUUCGGCUACAGUCUUCCACCGCAGCAGCCGCACGCAGUGGCGCGGAGAAACGAAAGGGAGCGCAACCGGGUGAAGCUGGUCAACAACGGCUUCGCCACUCUGCGGGAGCACGUCCCCAACGGCGCCGCCAACAAGAAGAUGAGCAAAGUGGAGACGCUGCGCUCGGCCGUGGAGUACAUCCGCGCCCUGCAGCAGCUACUGGACGAGCAUGACGCCGUGAGCGCGGCGUUUCAGUCCGGCGUCCUGUCGCCCACCAUGUCGCAGGGAUACUCCGCUGACAUGAACUCCAUGGCGGGUUCACCGGUGUCCUCGUACUCCUCCGACGAGGGCUCCUACGAUCCUCUCAGUCCAGAGGAGCAGGAACUGCUAGACUUCACCAACUGGUUCUGAGCAUCCAUAGAAGAAAUAUGGAUCAACUCACUUUCCUGUUGGAGUACGCGUGCCUGGGAUGGUCCCGGAGGCGGCUGGGUGUCCUCAAGAACAAGACGCACUGUCCUUAAACGCCCGGUCCUCCCAGACAGACAGAAAGACAGACACGGCCUUAACGUCCCCAAGAAUUUGGGCAAAAUCCGGCCGGAGAUCAGCGCCAAAGGAUUAAAGGAAGACGGGUCUCCUGACAGCGUGGGAAUCCAAGCUUCUUUGCAUUUGCCCAUGAUAAACAAAACAAACAAAAAAAAACCUAAACUGAAUUCAUGCUCUUCAGCAGCACAUUAAAAACAUUAUUUAAUACGUUGCUCUUCAACUAUGCUAAAUCCAAUCACAGAACACCAACCAUUUGGUAAACCUCUCAGACGUUUUAAUUCAGAAAA